UUGUCAUACCUUUACGGUAAAUGUGUUGGGUUCUGUUUGGACGGGAGUCAGCGUGGCGCUCUGCGAGAGACAUACUGCCUUGGAUCUGUAAACUAUUGGAAGGAAAGUUCCUUGUCUACAAGGAGUCAUAGGUCGUAACCGCCCCCCCUAUCAGCUAUGAGCAGCAAACCCCAACCCCCUCUGAUGAAGAAACACAGCCAGACAGAUCUGGUGAGCCGGCUGAAGACCAGGAAGAUACUGGGCGUCGGAGGAGAGGACGAUGACGGAGAGAUACACAGGUCGAAGAUCAGUCAGAUGCUCGGAAAUCAGAUGAGGUUUGGCGUACGAGAGCCAAUAGGCCUCAGGAUAUGGAUUCUCAUGUCUGCUGUUCUGUUCACAACCAUAGCCUUAAUAGCUCUAGUGUUCCCCAGUCAGCUCUAUGAGUUUGUGUUUGAGCUCAGGACCACCAGGAUCUCCAUCAGACUCUAUGGAGGAGCACUACUCAGUGUCUCAUUGAUCAUGUGGAAAGGUCUGUACACAGCAGAGAAGGCCAUUAUCCAGUGGACCCUGCUGACCGAGGCCUGCCUCUUGUCUGUCCAGUUCCUGGUGACCAGCAUCACCCUCGUGGAGCUGGGUCUGAUGUCAAACUCUGCCAUCCUCCUCCUCCUCAGUGAAGUCCUCUUCCUCAUCAUCACACUCCUCUACUACUACCACCUGGGUCGCAGGACCAAGAAGACCCAGAACCAUACACAUAGUUCUGAUUAGACCCAGAACCAUAUACAUAGUUCUGAUUAG